UUUCCACUCAGUAAGAAAAAUAGGAAACCAGGAACAAGGAGUCAGGUGGAUGAAGCUGGCAGCGCUCUUUGCUCUUCUUUGAGAGCUGAGCUGUUUUUGUCCCCUCACCAGACUCUACCAACACCACAGAAUGGAGUUUGUGGAACUGAUAAAGACCCCUCGGGUGGACGGUGUGGUUCUGCACCGACCCUUCCUGCCCACAGUGGAGGGAACGCUGUGUUUAACCGGUCAUCACCUUAUCCUGUCCUCACGCCAGGACAACACAGAGGAGCUGUGGCUGCUCCAUGCCAACAUUGAUGCUAUUGAGAAAAGGUUUGUCGGCUCUCUCGGCUCAAUCACAGUGAAAUGUAAGGACCUGAGGAUUAUCCAUUUGGACAUACCUGGCAUGGAGGAGUGCCUCAACAUUGCGAGCUCCAUUGAAGCAUUGUCCACCCUCGAUUCAGUGUCCCUGAUGUAUCCGUUCUUCUACCGGCCCAUGUUUGAGGUCAUUGAUGACGGGUGGCGCUUGUUCUCACCAGAUGAGGCCUUCAAAGAUCUGGAGUCGAUGACAGAUGAGUGGAGACUUAGUGAAGUGAAUAAAGACUUCAAUGUUUGCCACUCCUACCCUUCACUGGUUGCUGUACCUAAGGAUAUAGAUGAUGACACUCUGUGUAAAGCUGCUGCUUUUCGACAUGGCGGACGCUUCCCGGUGCUCAGCUACUACCACAAGAAGAACGGCAUGGUGAUGAUGCGAGCAGGACAGCCUCUGACCGGCACUAACGGACGUCGCUGUAAGGAAGAUGAGAAGUUGAUCAACGCUACGCUGCGUGCAGGGAAACGUGGUUACAUCAUCGACACGCGCACUCUUGCUGUAGCACAGCAGGCUAAAACCCGGGGAGGUGGGUAUGAACACGAGGCGAACUACCCACAGUGGAGGAGAAUCAACAAAGCUAUAGAAAGAUACAAUAUCCUACAAGAGAGCCUGAUAAAGCUGGUGGAGGCGUGUAACGACCACUCAAACAGCAUGGACCGCUGGCUAAGCAAACUGGAGGCCUCCAACUGGCAGAGCCACGUUAAAGAGAUCCUCACCACCGCCUGCCUGGCUGCUCAGUGUAUUGACAGAGAGGGUGCAUCAGUGCUGGUCCAUGGGACAGAGGGCACAGACUCCACACUUCAAGUCACGUCUUUAGCCCAGAUCAUCUUGGAUCCAGGCUGCAGGACAGUCCGUGGCUUCCAGGCCCUCGUGGAGCGUGAGUGGCUGCAGGCAGGUCACCCGUUCCAGCAGCGCUGUGCCCAGUCUGCGUACUCUAACGGGAAGCCGAGGAGUGAAGCGCCUGUGUUCUUGCUCUUCCUGGAUUGUGUGUGGCAGAUCCUGCGGCAGUUUCCUUGCUCCUUCGAAUUUAAUGAACUCUUUCUGGUCACACUGUUUGAACACGCUUAUGCCUCUCAGUUUGGUACUUUUCUGGGAAACAGCGCUGCCGAGAGGGUGAAGUUGGAACUCUGUCAAAAGACUGUGUCCCUGUGGUCAUGGAUGAACAGGCCUCAGGAACUGGAGCGCUUCCUUAACCCGCUCUAUGAGGCCAACAGCCUUGUGAUCUGGCCAUCUGUAGCUCCGCAGAGUCUGCUGCUGUGGGAGGGUGUGUUCCUACGCUGGAAUCGCUCAACCAAGUGUCUGGACGAGGCGUAUGAGGAGAUGGUCCACAUUAUUGAAUACAAUAAGGAGCUACAGAAUAAAGUGAACAGCCUCAGGAGGCAGCUCGCUCAACUUGAAACCGAGGACGGCCCUCUUCAGAGUCCGUAGACGUGCACCUUGAGCUUACUGAGAAAUCUGAACAGAACCUUCCAGAGCCUUGGAGUUCCUAUUCAGCACUACUGAAAUUUAUUCUGACCCAUGCAUGUAUGUAUACACUUGCACACGUUCACACACAUCACGUCUAAAAAUACUCUGUCUUUAUGUAGUCAUUGCUUUUUCUUUCCUUUUUUUUUUUUUACCGCUAGCAGUAGUUCUCUUUCGCCUUCACUCCCGUGCCAUUUCAGGUGCUUAAAUGAAAGGCUAUGAUAACUACAUAUAUAUAAACAUAUAUUUGUGGCUCUUUAGCAACUUUCAUACACUAAGUGAAACAUAUCAAAGUUUUAAAGCGGCCAGUUCUUUAACAUGCAGGUGGUCGGAUGUGAGCUGCUGGACCAAAUCGUGCAAUUAUUUUUACUUGUUUUCACAGGAAUGGAGGCCUAUGAUGGUCAGAGUUUGCCUGAAAACAGUUUGCUCUUUAAUAUUGUCGUAGAACAAUAGUUAAUUUAGCACUGGAAAGAAGUUUAUUUUAUAAGGGAAAAAAUGCUCGCUUAAGUUUGGGAAGCAGGAACUGUACAUUAAAAAGCCUGUGGCUGUUACACUCUUUGGUUCGAAGAGCCAUGGUGUCCUGAAGCAUAUACAUUGUGUAACGGUGUAAAGCCAAAUCAGAAUUUCUGUGUGUUGGUUGCAUUUAAUGUUCGAGGAGUUUUUGUUAUUAUUUAGCUUGUUGCAGUUUAACAAUAAGAUGUAGCCAAAAAAUUUUGACAGAGCCUUGCAAGCCAUCAUUCUUCUUCUUAGAAAGCUACUAUUGCAAUGUUUCACACUAAAAAUAAAUGGAUUUAAAGUUUUAUGUGGUGGUGGUGGUGAAUAGUCCCUUGGUUGCAUUAGAUUUCAGAUAAUAGUUUAAAACCAAAACUGUUUUAGGCAUUUUUGUCAUCCCCACGUGUAUGAAGGACACAUCAUUUUUAAUAGUUUGGCCGUUUUGCUUUUGAACAGCAUUUGUCAGUGUUUUAUGCUACUAUAAUAUUACCCACAUCCACGUGAAUGUAGUUUAGAAAUCUCCCUGUGUCUUAUCUGACGUCAAGGGAAGAAUAUGAAGUGUAGCCAUUCUUAACGGCUACAGAUUAGAGACAGGAUUUUUUUGGAGUCAGCCAAAUCAUUUGAGUUGUACUGUAUAUGUUUACUGUUUACCCAGAACAUGCAUUUUCUGUCACAUGCAAUAUUUCUUUUUUCUUUUUUUUUUUAUAAAGGUCUCUUCUGCAGUGCUUUACUGAGAAAAUGAACAUGCUCUUUCUACCAUCAUAACUAUACUUUUAUGUUUUAUUCUUUGGGCAUUAAAUGUUCUGUAGGUAGUUUCAUACAAAACAUGAUUACACAGACCCUUAAUAAAGUUCCAACAUGAUAUUAAAU